AUGAACAACAUCCGUGUGUUUUUGAAUGCUGCUUUAAACAUAUUAAGGGACGAUAUCACAGUAGUCACUGCCAGAGUUCAGGCUACAGAGGACUGCAUCCACUCCAUCACACAACAGCAGACAAGCACCAAAGAGCAGAUGCAACAACUCCAGGCAACAAAUAAAGCCAUGCAGAUCAGAAUUGAUACCAUGGAUGAUGCACAGAGAUGCAAAAACCUCAAAAUAAGAGGUAUAACUGAAACAAUUAGUGACCAAGAAUUGCCAGAUUUAAUUAGGCGACUCCUGUGUACUCUGCUGACCCAACAAUCUGCAAGGGGCAUCCAAAUCGAUGGCUGUUUCCGCCUCGCAAAAUCUAGCAGGACUCCGGCUGGGGCUCCUGCUCCGGGACAAACUUGCAACCCAAGAAGCUGUGAAAAAACAAAACACCACUUCAAUUCGAAACAAUGCAGCUCCAGUUUAUGCAAGACCUAUGCAGCUCCAGUUUAUGCAAGACCUAUGCCGAUCCUUAGACUGGAGACGAGCCUUUCAACCACUCACGAGGAUCCUACGAACGGCGAACAUUAA